AUUAAUUUGCAAAUGUUCAGCAACAGUAAUUGGAAACAAAUUGUUAAAAUUAACUCUGUUUGUAUUUAAUUCUGUAUUUCCUCUAUAUUAAAAUGUUACUCAAACUUUUAAUUGUUUUGACAUUGCUUUCAACAGUAUCAACAAUCAGUCUCAACAGUUUGGUGGACUUACCAUUAAAUGUGCCUGAAGGAAGCUCAUUGAUUAAUGCUACUUUAACUGAUGUUAAUGGAUUUAAAAAGUAUUUUAUUCAAGAGUUAAUAUCAGCUACUGAUCCAGACAUUAAAGGUAAAAUUUCAAUCUCAAGUGAUAAGGAUUCCUACUCAAUACAUUACAAAGCUGAUUAUCAUGAUUACGUGGACAGCAAGGAACGGUUGGUUAUUCAUGGUACAAAUUGUUUACUAUUCACUUACAAGAAUAGUUGGGAUAAAACUUUACCUGGAAUCGACAAACCUUUGCUCAACCUGAUUCUCUUGCUGGGACCUUCGAUAUUAUACCGACUUGAUCAUUCAUCGUUUGUUUGGAAAUCAGUUGCAGAUAAAAACAUCAGAGGACUCAUGAUGAAAGGCGCAUCAGCAGAAAUGAAUAAAAAUUUGAAAAUUACUUUCUAUUAUAAAAGUCAUUAUGAUUACCAAUUCGGAAUAGAAAAUCCAAGUAGAAUUGAAUUUAGUGUUCAUGAUGAAGCUUCGAUUGCAAAUGCAGGCAAAGAGAAUCUCAUUAUGGAUAUCUAUUCUAUUCAAGACGUGCUAGGUACUUACUUUGACAACGGUAUUUCUGCUGAUCAGAUUAAAAAUGAGGUUCAAUCGCCACCUGGAAUUGGAUGUCCACAUUACUUAUCUGGAAAUAAACCCUCACCAGAGUUGAGAGUUUAUCAUAUACACUACACCAUGGAUGAACGAAUCAAAGGCUCAACUACGUCUCGAACACUUAGUGAGGUUUAUGCUGCACAACAAUACCAUUUUUUGAGGAUAAAAUCAUCAAUGGUUGGUUCAGAGAGCCAAGUUAUUUACGACUAUCGACUUGGAGUUUCUUUUCAUAUUGGAACAGAUGAAUCUGUUGCUGUGGCAUCCAUAGACUCGAAUGCACCUGGAACUAAUGUGAACGGUAAAUUUACUUUGCAUAAUCUUUUGAUGUGUGAUGGUAGGUUCAAAUAUCUUGGGAGGAUCAUCUUGGAACAUCGAUCUAGACUGCCCGUUGAAGCAUGGGAAUCAGUUCAAUUCAAUGUUAACAUCAAUGGAAAGAAGGUGGAUAAAGCUGUCGUCACUCAAUAUUUUGCUUCAUCGCAACAUGAUGACAUAUUUUAUGAUUAUACUCUUGUCAGUACCAAGAUCUCCAUCUAUGAUUAUGAUAUAUCGAGAAAAGUUUAUAUUUGGAAGGAUGAAAUCACCAGAGAUUACAUGAACUUUCAAGAGGUUCGAUCCAUCGAGAGUAUUCGUUCGUUAACUGAAAAAGUUAAUUUCGCGUCUACCGAUGAAAAAGUGAUACUUAACUUCAUAUUAGAGUGCAAUGCUUCAGAUCCUGCAUACACUGAUUGCAUCAAACACACAGAGGAUCGUGUUUACUGGUUGAAAGGAGACUUCCUUUAUUUUGUCCUUUUAGUUCAACCAGUCAGCAUACUGCGAAUUUCUGAUAUUCAAUAUCGCUUCACGGAUACAAAAAUCGAAAUGGAAGUAACAUUUCUUGAUCUACCGCAUUUAGAAUACAUUUUCAACUCUAAAUCCAUGUCUGUCAGUCAAGAGACAUUGGACAAGAUGAUAAAAAUUAAGGCUAACAAUGAAGACGAAUGCCUAGAAAAACUAUCACGAUAUCAAGGGACAAUAAAGGUUGCCAUUUAUAGAUCUUUAGAUCUUGCCUGUGGAUACCUGAGGAAUCCUGAUGAUCUCAAGGAAGAUACUAAACAAGGACAAUCAUGCAGUGUCUAUCUCUUUCCACUGAACAAUUUGCGUCGAGUUAAAGAAGAGUUAACACUUGACCAGAUUCAUGAUGCAUACUUGCAAGAUGUUGGUAGGAAUUACCCUUCGUUUAACGUAGACUUGCCCAUACAAUAUAAGAUUAUUGAUGUGAUCGACAAAACUAAAAGGGAAACUGGCUUGAAGGACGAUAUUACUUCUCAAAUUAGACACAAUGCAAAGUUGAAGCUUGAUGAUCAAUUCACUUUGGCUGUGCCAGAUGCAAAAACUUUUGCUGAUUGUUACCGAAACUGUCAUGAUUCAGAUCAAGUUUCCUGCAUUACUUUUUCAUUCUGCAACAACGAUGGUAAAAUUGACUGUAGAGUAAGCAGUUUGCAGGCUUCUGACGUUGCUAGUCGGGAUCAGUCGGUUGAAGUUGACCCAAAAUGCGGAAUUUAUUCUAUGAGUGUUCUCGAUAAUUAUUCAAGAAAGUCUAAUAGAAAAUUCAAAACUCAGUUGUCAACUGAAAUUGAAAAAGAUUUUGCUCAUUCUUGUGCAGAGGCCUGUCAUGCCUCAUCAGAAUGUGUAUCUUUUCAAUACUGUGAUGGUUCUUGUACUUUUGGUAAUUUAUUGUAUACCGAUGAAGCUACUGAAUAUGAUGAAGAAUGCAUGAUUUAUACUCCCAAAGUAUCUGAAAGAUAUCAAAAAACAGGCAACAAAAUAGUAACAUCAGAGAUGAUGAUCGUAAGAACCAAAUUAACCUUAGAUCAAUGUGCUUCAUUAUGUUAUGCGUUAUCUGAUGGCGAUGAAUUGGGAUGUAAAUCAUUUAAUUACUGUCCUAAAAGUAGAUCAGAAAGUUCUUGUUCAUUGACUCAUUUCUCAGUUAAAAGUCCUGACACUAAAACCACUGAUGGAGGCCAUUGUUCAAAUUACGAGUUAAAAGUGGAAUCGAAUGGAAAGAAAGGAAAAGAAUCCAGUUCAACUAAAGUGAUUAAAGGGACAACGGGAUCAGGUGCUUUUGGUAUAAUAAUGUUGUUCCUGUUUGUCGGUGCUGCAUUGGGAUUCAUGGCUCCUUUUGCUUACUCAAAGAUUAAGAAGAUACAUGAUGCUGCAAAGGCCAAUGAUGAUUUCACUUGGAAAAGACAACAAGAUGAGCAACCACUUUAAAAUGUCCAUUGAAUUUCAUUUUCAAAUACAAUAGGAACAAUUAACUAAUUGUUUACUUUCAAACUUUUCUUAUCCUUUAUGACAAUCAUGUAGCAUUAAAUGCUGAUGUUAAAGCUUUUAUAUAAAAUCCAUGGUUUUAA